AUGGCCGACUUGGAAGAUGGUUUUACCGAAAGCGAUUCUGAUUUAUCAGAUCAAGAGGUCAGAUUUGGUAGUUUUGAAAAUCGGUCUAUAUUAAUAUAAUCUUUAAUUAUCUUACGCUUUGUAUACUUUACUUUCACAGCUUCGACGAGAUUUUGCAAGCGGUAAACUUCAAGUCGGUUUGAACAGACUCCAGCCAAAGAAACUCGCACGUGUUUAUAAUAACAACAUCGUGAGUUCAAUAUUUUGGUAGCAAGUACACUUACUUAUAAUAUUCUGAAUCUGGAACUCUUUUGAACAGCAGUACUAUUAUUUGUUUUCUCCAGGAAGCUGAAAACAAAUCCUGUUCCCAACUUAAAGACAUAAUUGAGGGUCCGAUCAAUUGUUGCACCACUUGCAUGGCUGGUGGCUUUGUAGCAAUCAAUGGCUGUUUUAAAAGCGCACUUAAAUCAAACCAAAACAUUAAAUAAAUAUCAGUCUGAAUUACAGUACAUUAAUUUCUGCAUUUAGUGCCGUAGAAUCCGCACACGAGAAGAUUGCUGUAUUAAACAGCUGUUGCUUCAGUUCACGAGCCUUUGCUCGAACUUAAUGUUGCGGUCAGUACCAAAUUAAACCACUGUGCACCAAAACAAUCUGGUUCAAAGGCAUGGUUGGUGUAGCCUCUCACACAGACGUUGUUAGUGGUUUCUGACACAUUCCCAGGAGUUCACCCAUUGAAUCAGGAGUUGUUAUGGAGUUGCAGAAGGAUCGAAGUACUUCUGAACAUAUAUCGUUUUAUAAGUAGAGUAAUAUUAAGUAUGUAGCAGAAAACUACAUUUUUUAUUUUAACAUAUUUUAUUGACAAAGUUUGCGAUAAGAGUAACUAAAAACACAAUUACCAUGUGACACACAACAUCUCCUGCAUGAUUAUUCUAAGCUUUGCCCUUAAAUGACAUGGUUCUCUUUUGCCACACAGCCUGGCAUGAAGCGGAAACUGGAGCAAAUUGCUCAAGAACUUGACUGGCUUGAAAGAAUGGACAUAACUGUCACCAGAGAUCAGGAUGAAGAAGGUGUCAAUCCAAAGACAUCAGCAACAUCUACACCAAGUAGUGAGAAAAGCUUGCAUGAUGACUUCCAACGAGAAAUGAGAUUGUAAGUUUCUUUACAAUGUACUUUCCACUGUGUCCAAAGCAGAGAUUGUUGGUACUGUGACAGUGUCCAGUGCAGGUGUCAUAAACAGAAUCAAAAAUGGUCUGAAGAAUAGCAGGGACUCUAGCUGGGUGUCACUGUAGAGGGGUGUACAGCAACAGAAAGUUGACAAAAUGUUCUCAUGUAAAAUUCAAGUUGAUAACAUUGUUCCAAAAAAUGGUGAAGCCCUGACUAAUCUCUGAUUAUCCCAUUUGCACUUAGAUAUUUUACCCAAAAAAUGAAAUGGAGAGUCGUGGAUGAGAGGAUACAGACAUGCCCUCUUGCAAUACAUUUUAACAUGUGUCAGUGAACAGUAAGCUCGGACGUCAGCAUACAAAGGUGCCACGGGCAGCCGCUCUCAGUCCAUUUAUGAGCUUACUGUAAAUGUUUAAACUUUGUAUUCUACUGAACAUGAACCAAACCUUCUGAUUUAUCUCACAGUAUGUUUCUGUUUCUGUUUUCUCACUGUAAGAAAGAUGUUUAAGUAACUUGGAACUUUUUUAAAUUUUAGUUACAGGCAAGCCCAAGCUGCUGUCAAUAUAGCUCUCCCUAAACUUAAGAAGCUUGACGUAGCAACUAGGCGACCAGAUGACUACUUUGCAGAAAUGGUAAAAACUGAUGAUCACAUGCAAAGGGUAGGUGUUUGACAAGAAAUCCCAACUCACCUCCUGUUCUUGUGGAGAGAGAGGAGGGUGGGGAGGGAGGGGGAGAUUGCAUCAAAAAAGCACAUUGCAUGGUUUCUCACAGAGGCGAUUCAUUAGCAAGUCUCCUUGAAGUCAAGUUCUUGUUUAGUUAUUUAUGUCGCUAGAAUUUCCGUUUAUCUUGUGAACAGUUUAGCAAAAUUUCCCCUAGCUUGAUUACUUCUAUCGGAUAUUACUAUUUUUAUGGUCAUAAGGCAUGGUAUUUUUUGAAGAAAUUUUGCUCGAUAGAUCUAAAACCAUUGUAAUUUUGUGGUGUGUCUUACAAUCAGGUAUCUACCUCUGUGAUUUCUGUGACAUGCUUAACAUUCACGUCAUGUAUUUUGUAAGUGCAGUGUGCACAGGAGUACACUCCAAAACCUUACUUCCUCCCCUGCUGUACAAAAAUAGAAUGAAUUUGAAUUUGAUUUUCCAUGUCCGUGAAAAAGAUCCACAAUUUAGAAUGAAGAAAGGCAAAAAGUCAGAAGUAGUAUACUGUGUCGGUUUAACAACCCAACUGAGCUACAUUUUUAUCACAGUUAAUGAUGACAUUUUUGUUCUAGGUGCGAGCAAAGUUGUUCAGCAAGCAGCAAGCUAUGGAAAGAUCAGAGAAAGCAAAGAAGCAGCGUGAGAUGAAGAAAUAUGGCAAAAAGGUACCUCAAAAGCCUUCUUUGUGGUGCUGAAUUAACCCUUUUUUAUGGUGGCCAGAAAGGAAAAUUCACAAAAAUUCCACAAUAAUGUGAUUUUUAUAUAAUCCUAAGAAUUAAUAGAUUAAUGACUUCUACACAAAAGUUUGGUCAAAGAGGUGUGAUUAGAGUUGUAGUAUCAGGGGAUUUUGCCCUUACCCAAACACAAAAAGCUCCUGUAGAGUUAUGAAGAAGAAGAUAUCAAAGGAAUUUCACCAGGGAACACUAAUCAUAAUAACUUUUUGAGGGAUUUGUGCAGGCAUAGCAUUAAAACCUUUUUCAAGUUUCUAUUCAUGUCUAUCCUUGCUAUCCCAUUACUACAGAGAACAGGAAACAGUUUCAAUGCCUGAAUAAUUUAUAUUAUCGUUCAAUGCACAUUUUUCUUCCUUUUCAUUGGCCGAAAGCCCACCAUGUGACCUGUAAAUAACUGCCUACAAGUAAUGGUUUGCUCAUGCGUAAUGCCGUCCAACUUUGUUUGGCUGCAAAUAAUGUUCUGCUCAGUUGAAAUGAAACCACGCUUUUUUCCAUCUUGUGAUCGCUCUUGCGUGAAAAAUGGCAGAUCACUUUGCUGCCCAAAGAUAUUCAUUAAAAACCAACUUGGCGAUCGAAUAAUAACACAAUGUUAUUAAACUUGGUUAUUGCAAAAUAUCGUAAUCUGUCAGCUUCUUGCAGAUCUGUUUGCCACUGACAAAUCACCACAUUUUGCUCAACCUUGUCCAAUAAUUGUUAAGUAUUAAAUAGCAAAACUAAACAACUGUUUUUUUUAAUUCAUUUUAUGCAAGAAAAGGUUUUAGCUUUUUAAAAAGAUAGCGAAUGGCACAACUUACAUGUAGCCUCUUUAAAGAAAGAAUGUGAUUUUUUAGGUUCUUAGAUAAAUAUAUUUAUGUCAUGCAUCUGGGUCAAACAUAAAGAAGUCCUUAAUAGCAUUCACAUUCAUUUUCACGUCCUACGUGGUACAGUUUAGACACUGUAGCAAAUGAGAUGCAGAAGGGAUCAUGUUAGCAAGGCCUAUCAUUCACAGUAUAAUAUGUUACAUUAACUCAGCCAGGGUUUUUGGUCAAUAUCUAUAGGUUCAACAAGAAGUUUUACAAAAAAGGCAAAAAGAAAAGAAGGAGAUGAUGGAAGCAGUAAAAAGUUUCAAAAAACGUAAGUAUACAACAAGGCUGACUGCCGGUUUUAGGAAAACUUGAUGGGAGCCCACAGUGCCGUGAACCCAUGAAAACGAAGGUGUCAAGCAUAGGACUUCUAUGAAAAAACUAAGAUUCCUAGUCGUACAAGAGCAAAGUGGCCACUAGGCACUGCUAAAGCACAACCGUGAUACAUACCAAGUAACUUGUUGUAGGGAAAUUAUAACACUCACUUUUCUAGGCAGAGUCUAUGCUGCAAUAGAAAUCAUAACAAAAGUAGGUUGAGUUUGAUCGUCCAGGUGAACGUAGUAGUCCUGAAUAGGACUGUUGUUGUUGACAGUGACUGACUUUUCGACAACCUGUGCGGUAGUCAUCUUCAGAGUCAAAGAAAAUCAUGUCAGAGGAAAUUAUUGGUGCUUCUCAGAAACUCAUUGGGGCUAUAUUAGAUGGGACCAAUGAUUUUACAUUCUCUUUGCAGAAAAACAAAUCCUAAAACUUAGGGUAACAGUAAAAUUUGUUGUAAAUGUUAUUACUGACAGUCAAUUUUAAUCAAUUUUCUGAAUCAAAAUGUUUGGUUGCUAAGAAUCAUGGAAAUUCCCCAGCUCCCCCUGAAUUUGAAUUUGUUAAACGAUGGCCAUUUUUUAUUCCUUUUUAUUCUUCUUUUUUGUUUCAGGUGGUAAGAACGCUCCAAAUUCAGAUCUAGCAAGAGCCAGUGAUGAAUUUCAAAUUCAGGCUGAGAAAGAUUCCUCGAGUAUCCACAAAGGAAAAGUUGUUAAACGGUGAGCCUUGAACGUGAAGAUAAAAUUGUAACUGAUUAGCUGCUAUAAUAAUAAAAUGGCUUCAAACAAACUAAUAUAGGUAUGAGGGGAAAUAAAAUUUCAGGAAAUUUGUGACCUGAGUGGGGGCAACGUUUUUGCUUUUUGUAAAUUUGUAAAAGUUGCUCCUGAACCAAAGCUAAUAUCUUUAUAAUACACCGUUACACAACGAUGACUGAUAUGAACUUUAGUUUUGCAGUUAUUGACUCGUUAUCACAUCAUGCUGACAUAAGCACAGGAAAAUAAAUGUCGUACCUCCUUACGGUCGUGUUUUCUCAUGUAUUUGAAAACUUUUUUUCUCACUUUAGUGGAAAGGGUGCAAAGAGAAAAAGGAAGGUAAGUGAAUGUUUACAUGACGUUUUUUUAUGCCUCAAGAAUCUUGCCCUUGUCAUAUUUUUUUCAUUACACUACCGAGGAAAUUUCUCAAUGGAAACUAAACGUGACGUAGGUUUUUUUUCUUGAAAACGAAGAGCAAACUAGCGGAACGGUGUUUGUGUUUGUUUAUCUACUAAACAAAAGUCGCCUGUAGUAACUUUGAAAAACUUUCAAAAUGUGCAAAAAUCUAGGGGACUUUCUCGCACGGCGCUCUUCAGUUGUAGCUUAAAUGAGGCUUUUUCUUCCAACUCGAAGCAAAUAAAUGUUGUUAUGGCUGUUGCCAAGCGCAGCCAAACAAGCAAGUUAUGAUUGGUGAAGUGAAAUCUCAUGCUCAACGAAUCAAUCAGAAGUAAGAUCAUGACGAAUCGUGACUUGUUCGCACAUGUUUGCACGUGUUUCGCGUCGCCUACACGUAUUUUCUUGACUGUCAGCUCUUGUUGUGAUUGGUCACAGAAAUAAUCCGUACUUAAAAAUACACACACACGUCUUGUUCUUGUUCUUUUUUUUUAGGAUGCUAAAUUUGGCUUCGGGGGACUGAAGAAAGGAAUGAAACGGAAUUCAGCACAGAGCUCUUCAGAUGUGAGUUCGUUCAGUGCUGCAAAACACAGCAAAGCACCAAAAGCGUCUCGAACAGGAAACAAGGUAAAUGCUGUUAAGAUUCUAAGACGAGACGACUACUUUCUCAAUACUAAGGGGCCGACCAUUUAACUCUUGAGGGGGGGGGAGGUGGGUGAUUUUGAAAAAAAAAUUUCCUGCAAGCGCCUGUCGGAAGAAAAAAAUUGCAUCCAGCACAAAUGCAAUAGAAAGCUUAUGGGAAAAAAAAGGGAAAAAAUAUCCUGCCCACCAGAUUGCUAGGAAAAAAAUUCAAGUAUUGACGACCAGAAAUCACCCACCCCCCCUCAAGAGUUAAAUGGUCGGCCCCUAAGUAGUGCGCGCACGUGAACCAGUAUCAUUUUGGCGGGAAAACGUAUAGCCGUCGUCAUGAGCUUUAAGGUGAUGUUACACGGUACGAUUCGCAAGGACGAUUUUUAGCGCAACACAGCGUUGCAAUGCUGGAACAAUGUUGUAACCAUUCAAAAAAAUGUCGCAACAAUGUUGCAACGCUGUGUUGCGCUAAAAAUCGUCGUUGCGAAUCGUCUCGUGUAACAUCAGCUUUAGCGAGAAAGUCGUUGUGGCGGAAACAAGUUAUCAAAUAUUAGAAGUUUUAUCGUUUUGCUCUCGGCGGAGGGAUUAACCACCUUCAAGAAAAAUAAGGGUGUUAACUUUUUCUCGUUAAAAAAUGUACAAUGAAGCUUUCCUGGCUGUCGUUUCUUUUAAAUACGCGAAACAAACUUAAGAGUUAAAUCUCGUCUUCGUGUUUGACCUCGUCCUCUAAUCUAAAAGUCUCUAACACUCACAUGAGAACGACCUUAGUCGGCUACGCUGCAUCCCAUGUAUUUUGAUAUUUUUACCCCUAAUUCUUUUUCAGGGUAAAAAGAGAAAGAAUGUUCGACCUGGAAAAUCACGAAGAAAACAGAUGAAAAAAUAGGAAAUCGCUUCUAGAAAUGAGGCUAUCGCAUUGGAAUUGAAGAAUUCGUAUGAAAUCACGGGACAGAUACUCUGGGCUACGAAGCGUCUUACGUGGAUGAAUUUGCCCCGUUCAACCGGUGCAACUUUGCUUGCUCUCUGAUGUCACCCCAUACACCAUCCUGCGUUUGAGAUGAAAUUUGAAGUAAAAAACAACCAAACUUAUAAAACUGAAUUUUAUGUUUAGAGGGGGAAACCUAGCCAGUUCAAAUGCCAGCACUUUUCAACUCUCAAUGACACGAGGUUAUGUUUGUCCCUUGCUAAGCUUUCCUGUCACGCUAUCAGGAGUUUCAGCAAACAUUGACACAAACU